AUGUUGCAGACUUAGACAUGGGUGAUAUCGAUGAUGCGAUAUGGCUAGAAAUCGGUAUUAAUCCUCAACACGUUGUGCGUGAGUCAGAUGAAGGUCUCCACAAGCUAAUAUGCGACAAGGCCUGGCUGCAGUCGCUGGAACGACAUCGCCAAUUGACACACUUCACACACUGGCCACAGCUGGACAGACGGGCGCAUCCCACUGGACAAUUGGAGCAUCCAUGGACACGCCUUCUCGUGCAAACAUAUCGCAAGCAGCCGCACCGCAAAGUCUAUCCACUGCCCGUCCGCGUCACUGCUGGAGAUAAUACGCAAUUCCCAUUGAGCUACUCGCAGGCCGUUUCCACUGUGACUCACCUCAAUUUUAAGCAGCUGUGGGAAUCAGCCUAUAAGCAGUAUGCGGGCGCCCAUGUCAAACAGUGCAGGUCGAGUACGAGCACAACGCAAUCCAAACAGCUACCACAGACCAGCUAUACUGGUGGCGGUAGCUUUCAGCCACAUGAUGUGGUGCUCCGCGAGCUAAUUCAGCGGAUAUACAAUUGUCCUGUACUUCAGUGUCAACAGGAUGGGGAUGGCGCUGCUGGCGCCGAUGCGGAUAUGGCUGGCGAUUGUCAUGCAAAUGUGCUGCCCGCUCUGGCGGCCAUUGAGACGAGCGCACACUUCUGCGUGAUUCAUUAUCCGCCGGCGCUGGAGUGCAGUCUGUAUGACUGCAUCACCUAUAGUCCAGCACUGUUGGGUCGGGGCUACAAUAAGACGCUGUUCAUCAUCUAUCAACUGUUGCAGCUGUCGAAACACUUGGAAGCCCAAGGCCUUUUUCUCGGCGAUCUGCGGCUGCAGCAUGUGAUGUUGCGUGAGAAUCUCUGGCUGCAGGUGAUGCCGCGCCUGCAGUGCAAUCUGCUGCUGGGCGAGCAGUCGGCAGCGGUGGACAUGUCACCGCUGAGCUGCCCAGAGCUUCCGGAAACGCCGGAACCGCUGCCAUCCAGCAGCACCAUCGAUCUCAAGCUGGCCUACGAUCCGGCUCAGUUCAAUCUACGCGAAUAUUGCGAAAUGUGGUGCAACGGACAGUUGUCCAACUUUGACUAUCUCACCAUACUGAAUAAUGCGUGCGGCAGGAGUCUGACCAAUGCCGCCCAUCAUCACAUUAUGCCGUGGGUCACGGACUUUGCUGCGCGCAAUGGCCUCAACUGGCGUGAUCUGACCAAGAGUAAAUACCGCCUGAACAAGGGUGACAUCCAUUUAGAUCUCAUGUACACGCAUCCCACGCAGCAUGCGCCGGCUGAGGCAGUAACGCCUGUGGAGCAGCUGCAGGUGCCGCAUCAUGUGACCGAUUUUCUCUCCGAAAUCACGUAUUUUGUGUAUAUGGCCAGGCGCACACCUCAGUCGAUCUUGUGCGCCCAUGUGCGACCCAUUUGGGUGCCCGCCGAGUACCCGGUGUCCAUACAGCGUCUUCAGGAAUGGACACCCGAUGAGUGCAUACCCGAGUUCUAUUCGGAUCCAAUGAUAUUCAAGAGUAUACACGAGGACUUGCCCGACCUGGAGCUGCCCUCCUGGGCCACAUGCCCGGAAGACUUCAUAUGCAAGCAUCGCGAAGCCUUGGAGUCGCAGUACGUCAGUGAGCGACUGCAUCAUUGGAUCGAUCUCAAUUUUGGCUACAAAUUAAGCGGCAAAGCGGCAAUCAAGUCAAAGAAUGUCUGCCUCAGCCUGGUGGAUCAGCAUUGCAAUCUCAGCCAGCGCGGCAUCGUGCAGCUCUUCACCCAAGCCCAUCCGCCGCGUCGAUAUGCCUCGCCGUGGUUUAAUAGAAGUGCGCCCAGACUGUCGCAGCUCUAUGGUAAUAGCAGCGCCUACAUCAGCAGCACUGGCAACAGACGACUCGCCAAGAGCAGCGAGAACCUGAACGCAUCCAGCCAGAGCAACAACAGCUGCUUGGAUAACAGUUCGCCUCGGAUGUCGUUGCGUCCGAAUGAUGAGCAGACGACAGGAUCAAGCGCCAAUUUCUAUCAGAUGACCAACUUUAUUGAGCUGCCGGAGCAAUAUAAUCCGGCACUGUUGCUGCAGCAAUUGGAGACGCUGGAAACGUUUUAUGCGCGCACCUUUCCACAGCAGCGCGCCUCAGCCAACCCCGAGGAGAAAAUGAUCAGCAGUGAUCUGCUGUUCGAGCACAACUCGGCUGAGCAUUCCUUUACGAAUCAACUGUUUGCAUUCGAUGCGGCCGUGCAGACCAAGUCGAAGAACCUACUGGUUCCGCCAGUACGUCGCCAGCACAGUUUGCAGCAGCUGCUGGGCGAUUGUCGGGAGCGGGAGCUGCUGGUGCUUGGCUGUCUGCAUGUCGAGCUGUUUGCCAUGCAGCGUUUGCGUCCGCUGCUGACGAGCAACGGGCCAAGUGCGAGCUUCGAAUGUCGGCUGACUGCCUGCCGCACGCUGGUCCGCCUGCAUGGCCAGGAACUGCCCAAGCCGGUGCGUCAUGUGGUGCGACUGCUGCUGCAGCUGGAGAGCGAUGUACCCGCCCAGGGGCUGCCAAUGCCAACAAGUGCCGCCCAGUUGCUGGAGCCAAUGUUCACCAAUGCGCUGCUUCCAUUCCCCAGUCACUAUAUAGCAGUCUAUGCAUUUGUGCGCUCCCUGCACGCCUUCCAGCUCAACUUUGAGCUGCUCGAGCUGCACACACAUCUCAAUUGCAGCGGCGGCAGUGAGUGUGCCCGCUACACUGAACUCGAUCGCCAGCGAGUGCUCUUCGAGCGCAAGAUUGCCGAGUGCAAGGUGAUGGCGUCUUGUGCCCAUCUACGCCGCUUGCUGGAACCCCUCUCCUUUGCCUAUGAGCAGUUUGCUCCGGUAGAGUUGCUGCUGCCGCAUAUCAUUGAUCUGCUGCAUGAUGAUCGCACCUCCAUACUAACGGCCUGGAAUCUCUUUGAUCCCGUUGCCCAAGCUCUGGGCAUUGCGCAGACCCAACAACAUUUGCUGCAACCGCUGCUCAAGCUGUACGAUGUGGAGAGCAACGCUUCAACAGAUGAUGCCUCGGGUAGCAGCAGCAGCAGCAGUAACAAUAAUGCUGGCCACCUGCGCUUCUCCUCCAGCAGCUCGUUCAAAUCGCGCAAAUCCGUGAAGCUCUAUCAUCACAGCUUCCUGCUGCGGCUGAUUGUGCGCUUCGGGUUGCGUUGCUUUCUGCAGCAUUUUAUUGCGCCACUGAUCGAAGCUGUCGGCGGCUACAAGGAGCCGGAGCAGGGUAAUGGCUAUCACUAUCACAGUGGCGCCAGUCGACGCACCAGCAAGAAUCUUAGCUAUGCCGCCGAGGAGCCGACGACGUCAGCGCUGCUGCAGUCGGCAGUGACCAAGCCAGAUGUUGAGGAGCUGUUCACGUUCGAGGAGGAUCAGGAAAACAAAUCGAUUGACUCGUUCGACAUGCGUCCCUCGUCAACGGCAAUUGCGGAGGAGGCGCGUGAAUCAGAUGGCAGCUCACCCGACAAACUGGCCAUCAAUGAGUUGAUGUAUGGCGCCAGACUGUCGCCAGAUAAACUCUCCCUACGCAGUCAGGGACAAACACCGCCGCCCACACUGCCAGCACCCGUCGUCAUUGGACCACGCUCACCCACAAUUGAGAUACCAGCCAGUGGGAUCAGACGUAGCUUCCAGCUGAGCGCUAUCGAUUGUGACAUCGGCUCCCGCAAGAGCGUCGACAGCUUCGAGCUGAUUAGCCAAGAGGCAAACGCAGCAGCCAAUAACAAUGAGUCAACGGAGUCGGCUCCGUUGCAAGCGGAGAACGAGGGAGCUGACUCAUUGCAGGCAUCGGUCAUAUCGCGCAUCUCGGAGGCCAAAGCGCUGCAAAACAAUCGCAUCAGCGAGAUGAGCGCCGAGAGUCUCGUCUGGCUAUCGCAUCGCCUGGGUCCAGUGCUCACUGCCCGCCACAUCACUCGCAAUCUGCUCAAGCUGCUCUCCCUCUGCUAUGUCGGUCAGGAGAACCUGCUGCCCGAAAUGGAAGCGGUCUGCUGCAGCGACUUAUCACAGGAUGCCUCCAAUCUCAAUUACUUUAGCAUUGCCAACGCCCGAGUUGUAGGCGAUCGCAGCGCGGCUCGCGUUCUCGAAUGCCUCAUGUCCAUUGCUGCACUCUACGGCGAGAACUUUCUCCUGGUACAGUAUUUACCGCACAUUAGUGAACUGAUUUUACUGUGCUCCAAGCGGAUGACGGGCAGUCUGGAGGGAGCCAUAAUUAGUUCACUGCAGUUGAUCAAAUACAUGCUGCCCUGUUUGAUGGAUGCCACAAUAAUGGAGCACUUGCAGCACAUUCUGCUUGAUGCCAUUCUGCUGCCCAUACUCCGGCUGCUCAGCUCAACCAAUCUGCUGAUGCCCAGUGGUUAUUUGGGACGCUCGCUUUUGACACGCAAAUUCCUGGACGCUUGCUAUGCGUUGAGUGUGCGUCUGGGCUCGGACAUGACGCGUGAGCAUCUCUGCCAGUCGCUGCUCGCACCGUUCUUCCUAAUCUUCAACAAAGCAUUUGGUCUGCCCAACGAUUUCAGCUGUCGUGUGGCCAAUCUGUCGCUGAGCGGCGGUCCCGCCCAGCAGCAGCGAGCUCUGGAGGAGCUGCGGGACGUUUUUGGACCGGAGCUGGCCCAUACCGCCUACUUGGCCUUUCUGCGCUUCCUCGGCGAGUCCAUAAUGCAGCGCACCCUGAGCAACAUGGAAUUUGUGCUCACGCUGUGCCACGAGCACGAGCAGCCCGUCGCUGGCCAAGACAAGGCGGGAGAGCAUCGAGAGUCGUCGAUAGUUAGCUCCGUGGAUGUGCCGGAUGCGGCGCCCUGCAGCGAGACGGCUGCGAAUAGUUUUGGCACCCAAAUCGUUGGCAAUCGCCUGCAGGUGCUCAGCAGCAGCAUGGAACUGCUCGAUAAGGUUGCCUACAAGCUGGAUCACAUGCCCAGCACAAGGCAUCUCAAGGGCAAUUGGUUGGCCUACUGGCGACACGAGACGACGCGCAGCGACAAGGAUAACCAGGCGCUGAAUCUCAAGCAGAUCCGUCUGCAAUCCUUUGUCGGUCACACAAACUCGGUGCGUGCGAUUUAUGCGCUGGAGAACGAGAAUAGCUUUGUGUCCGCUUCCAAGGAUAAGACGGUCAAGCUGUGGUCGUUGCGCAGCGAGGGCGAUGGACGCAAGAGCACCGCCUGCCAGUUCACUUACACGGCCCACAAGAAGUCGAUCAACUCGCUCAGCUUCCUCGAAUCGCUACGCUAUGUCGUCUCCUGUGAUUCGGGCGUGCAUCUUUGGGAUCCAUUUAUUGGCAGACCACUGGGCAUAUUGGAUGCGCCCAGGCACAGUGCGGUCACCGUUGUCAAAUGCUUGCCUUCGCAUUCCCCCCUCGUCGUCGCCGGCACCGCCGAGUCGACGGUAAGGAUUAUCGAUGCCCGCUCCAUGCAGUAUGUGAAUGAGUGGCGCGUCUGUCAUGCCGCCUUGCCAAAUGCCACAGUUCGCUGCCUGGCGGUUGCCCCAUCGGGCAAUUGGCUCGCGGCUGGCCUCUCCUCCGGCGGCAUUAUGCAGCUGGACACUCGCACCGGCACUGUGCUCAACUCGUGGCGACCCAUGGAAUGCGAUUUGCUGCAGUUAACGGCGCCCAGCGAUCAGCUGCUCAUCAGCUCGGCACUGGAUCACAGUCUGGCCGUCUGGCAUGCUCUCGACGGCAUCCUCCACUAUCAACUAAGACCGCCACCGGAACCUGCACAUUUUCUACAAAGCGUUGGCUCUUCGCUGGUCUAUGCGACCACGGGGAAUCGUGUGGGCGUCUAUGCAGAUGUGGCCAACUCACAUGCCCUGGACACCGUUACCAAACUGCGCUCCGAAACGUUUCGUGGCGUGCUCACCUCCCUCGCCGUGUUACCCCUCAAUCGGGCCAUCCUGGCCGGCAACGAGAGUGGGAAUAUUGCACUGCUCUGCUAGCCAAGUACAACAGCGUUAUUCUUGCACAUUAAUUUACGUUUAUAUAGAACAGAUAUCGGUCUGAUAUAUAGCAAUCUGUAUGAGCUCUAAUUAAAUCUCACCAAAUAUUAUUUUAAUGUACCUAAGGAAAUUAUUUAAUAUACUCAAUCGGAACAUUCGAACUCUUAAUAAGUAUCAGUUUAGGACAAGUGCUAGACGCUCUAUUGUUGUCUACACACACAAAUAGAAUUCCACUCCAAAAUGUUUAUAACAAAUAUUAGACUUAAGCAAUAUUGUUUAUAUAUUAUUUGGUAGAGGUACUCCAUUCGUUUGUAUCAUAUAAAUAAACUAUU